AUGGCCCCGGCCUCCGCCCUUGUCGGCCCUCCCGUCGCCGUCGCCUUCAACGCCGAUCCCAAGCCACAGCCGAAGCCGACGAUCGGCUCGUCCCCCGACUACUCCUCCGACGAGAACUCAUCCAUGGAUGAAGACUCGACGGAGAAGAAAGUGGUGUCGCGGUCCGCGCAGCCGCUCGCGUACGCCUCGUCCGGGGAUCCCUGCGUCGACUUCUUCUUCCAGGUCGUCCCGGGCGUCACCUCCGAUGCCGACCUCGCCGCGCUCCUCGACGUGGCCUGGUCCCGGGACGCGCUUACGGCCCUCAAGCUCGUCUGCCACCUCCGCGGCGUCCGCGGCCUCGGCAAAUCCGACAGGGACGGCUUCUACGCCGCCGCGCUCUGGAUGCACGCGCGCCACCCGCUCACCCUCGCCGCCAACCUCGCCAACUUCGCCAGGUUCGGGUGCCUCAAGGACCUCCCCGAGAUCCUCUACCUCGCGGCGCUCGCUCGCUACGCGUCCGACGAGGCCUUCCGCCACCUCUACGACCGCGUCGCCGACACGUUCGCCGAGCUGCUCAAGUCCGACGUCGAACACCUGCGCGCCGGGGACACCUCCAAGAUUGGGCUCGCCGCCAAGUGGUGCCCGUCGCUCCGCUCGUCCUACGACCGCGCGACCCUGCUCUGUGAGGCCAUCGCCCGCCGCGUCUUCCCGCGCGAGUCGAACAAGGAGUACCUCGACCUCUCCGACAAGCACUACACCUACCGCGUCCGCAACCUGCUCCGCCGCGAGGUCCUGGUGCCGCUGCGCAAGGUGCUCGAGCUCCCGGAGGUGUACAUGAGCGCGGGCCAGUGGGACGAACUUCCGUACGCGCGCGUGGCGUCCGUCGCCAUGAACAAGUACAAGGAGGUGUUCCAGAAGCGCGACAAGCCCCGCGUGGUCGGCUUCUUCGACGAUGUGCGCACGGGCCACGCAAGGGUGGCCGCUGGCGCGGUGCUGCCGCACGAGCUGAUCGCCGCGGCUCUCAAGGGGGAGCACGACGAGGCGGCGGACCUCCAGUGGCGCAGCAUGGUCUCCGCCCUCGCCGCGGAGGGCCGGCUGGACAACUGCAUUGCGGUCUGCGGGCUCACCGGUGCCGCCACGGACCCUGCGGUCUCGGCCGCCGUCGCGCUGGGGCUCCUGAUCUCGGAGCUGAGCCAGGAGCCGUGGAAGGGGAGGGUGAUCACCUUCGACGAGACGCACCAGCUGCACAAGCUCCACGGCGGUAACCUCAAGGAGAAGCUGCAGCCGCUAGUGGCGGCCCUCGGUCCGCGCAAGAAGGGCGCCAACCUGCAGGGCGUCUUCAGUAAGAUCCUGAGCACGGCGGUGGCGGGCGGGCUUCGCAGGGACAUGAUGGUGAAGAGGGUGUUCGUGCUAAGCGACAUGGACUUCGACGGGUGGGCCGGCCCCGCGUCGGCGUGGGACACGGAGUACCAGGGCAUCAGCAACCGCUUCAGCGACGAGGGGUUCGCGGCGCCGGAGGUGGUGUUCUGGAACUUGGGGACGUCCAAGUCUUCCAUGCCGGUGGUGGCGGCGCAGGAGGGCGCGGCGCUGGUGAGCGGCUACUCCAAGAACCUGGUGCGUCUCUUCCUCGAGGCCGAUGGCAAUCUCACUCCAGCUGCCGUCAUGGCCGACGCCAUCUCCGGCCCGGAGUACGACGCGCUCAAGGUGUUCGACUGA